AUGAAGAGCAUAAUCAGACAACGAGUUUGGUGGCCUGGCCUUGCACUGAGCGUACAGGAGUGGAUUGGUUCUUGCGAAACUUGUUUGACGAAUGGGAAGCCAGAGCGACCUACUCCGAUGCAACGAAUAUUCGCACCGAAGGUUGUAUGGGAGACGAUCGCAAUAGACUUUAACGGGCCUUAUGCCGUUCUAGGAGGUAUUUCGAUUCUUGUGGUGGUUGAUUACCGAUCAAGGUAUCUAUUCGCGAAGUCCGUUAAGUCCACCAGCUUCGACUGCACCAAGAAAGUUCUCGAGGAGAUAUUCGAGAAGGAGGGUUACCCGAAAAUGAUUAAAUCGGACAACGGGCCUCCAUUUAACGGAUCCGAAUAUAAGGAAUACUGCAAACUGCGAGGAAUUACGACGAUCUUUUCUACGCCACUAUUCCCUCAACAAAAUGGGCUGGUGGAAAGCAGUAUGAAAACUAUUAAUAAAGCAAUGUCUGCGGCAAUUUCUAAUAAAACUAACUACAUAAUCGAAUUACGCGAAGCUGUAAACGCACACAACGCAGCCAUGCAUAGCGUAACUCAGUAUCCACCGGAAGAAAUUAUGCAGGGAAGGAAAAUUAGACGCGGAUUGCCUCUAAUGAAUCACGAGAAAAUUGUAGUUAACGAUGCACUGUUAGACGAAAGAGACCGGAAAGCAAAACUGGAUGGGAAAAAUAGAGAGGAUAUUCGUCGCGGUGCACGAAAGUGUCGCGUAACUGCCGGAGAUACAGUUAUCGUCCAGCGCCAAGUCCGUAGCAAACACAGCAAAUAG